GGCCUGAAAUACCAUUGAGGCUUAAAUAUUAUCUCUAGGGAGGAAAGGUCACCUUGAGGGUGAGGCCCCCUCCUACAAUUGUCCUUUGCUAGGCACCCAGGGCUUCGGGUCCGUGGUCCUUGCUCUUCUCACCUCAGUUUCUUUGGUGCCACGCCUCUAAGAGGAAGCGGAAGUUUCUAUUUGAAGCACUUGCAGUUUUACUCGUGAAUGGUGGCGAGAAGUCUCCAGCACCAAUGCUAAGAGCAUGAUCUGGUGGUUCCAGUUUCUCUCGCUUCUCUCCGGCCUUGGCCCAGGGAACACCGUUUCACAAACCCAAGCACCCCCAUUGCUGGUGGACGGGGUGCUGGGGGAGUCGGUAACUCUCCCCCUGAAGUUUUCUGCAGAAGAGAUCCAGUCCAUCACCUGGCUUCAUAAAACAGCAUCUGUCAUCUUCAUACUGACAGAGCCAGCACAAAUCCAGGUGACUGAUCCAAAACGGAAAGAUCGACUGAAAGUCAUCCAGUCCUCCUCCUUGCAGAUCAACAACCUGACAAUGGCAGACAGCGGACCUUACCGUGCCCAGAUAACCACAGCAACCUCCAUAGAGAUGUAUGAUUACAAUCUGGCGAUCUACAGACGACUGAGGAACUUACAAGUGGCUAAUCACACUCAACUCUUUGAAAAUGGGAGCUGUGAGAUCCAACUGACCUGCUCUGUGGAGAAUCCAAAUGACCAUGCCUCGUUCAGGUGGCAGGUCGCAGGAAACACAAUCCUGGAGGAAGCAAACCUCACUAUCUCUUGGGAGCCCAAGGAUUCCAGUGAAGAGACAUACACUUGCAUCGCUAAGAAUCCUGUCAGCAAUGUAUCCUUCUCUUUCUCUGUCCAAAGUCUCUGCAAAGGUGUUUUUAACAAAAAAAGUCAACUCUCGGUUAUCCUAUGGAGCAUACUAGUGCCUUCUUUGAUCUGUAUCGUUGUGUCCUUAAUUGUUUGGAAGAAGAAAAAAGUAGCAGGUUCCUUAUGCUUUUCUACUCAGCAAACCCAGAGUCCUGCAGAGACCCCGAGGGACGACUCAGGGAAUGAGCCAGCCAGUCCAGAGAACACUGUGUACGCUCAGGUCACUCAUCCAAACAUGACACACGUGGCGUGUGGGGAAGUUCCGCCGCUUGCAUCUACAGACACGGAGUACAGUGGGUUAAGGAAUAACAUCAUUUUCAGCCCGUGAUCCAAAUAACAUUUUCUAAUCUGCUCCAGGACAAAACAUGCUUCAGAUAACAUGCCUGGAUAUUGACUUUCCCUUUGGUAACUAAGCAAAUGAAGUUAUGGUUGAUGGAGAGACUCUAAUUCAGAAGACAACCACUUCUCUCCUUUUAGAAAGCAGCAGAAUUGUGACACAUGAGUAUCGCUUUGUCUGUGUGAGCCAAAUGAGUAUGAUUACUUUGGGAGAGGAUACGUUGGGAGACAAUACAAUGUGUAGAUUAUGUGUGUUGUCUUUGGAAUUGGAUAAACUCGUGCUCAAAUCAUGUACUAGACAUAUCUCCUGGAACAUGCUACCUAAGCUCUUGGAGCUUUGGUCUCCUAGACAAAAAGGAGGGUGGUAAUACAUCAGCCCUAUUACUCAAACCAGGAACCUGAGUUAUCUUUGACUUCAGCUUCUCUAUCACCUUUGGACUCUACCUUCAAAUAUAUAUAUCUGAACCUUAUCCACGUCUUUACAAAUCUUCAACCAUCAUCCUAUAUCUAAUCAUUAUCAUCUCUAAUCUGAAAUAGUACAAUAAACUGAACAACUCUCCCCAGUUUUGCUCUUACCUCCCUCUACUCCAUUUUUCAAAAGACAGCCAGAGCAGUGUUUUUAAUAUAAAUCAGAUCUCUCACUUGUCUGCUUAAAACUCUGCAAUAUUUCUCCAUGCACUCAGAAUGGAAUUGCAUCUGCAUGACCCUGGAUGGUCUCUGGCCGGCCUCCAGCCUCAGCUAUUAUCACUCUCCCACCGCUAUCUCUGUUUAUCCUCCCUGAUCUUCUUUCAGCUCCUCCAUUAAGGAAAGAGUUCUUUAAGGUAGAAUUAUUCACAUCUGCCUUAAGGCCCUACCACUGCCUGCUCAGCUCCUCCUCAUUCUUUAGGUCUCAGUUUACAUAUGUCACCUUCUAAAAGAGACCUUCUCAGACCUCUCUAUCCGGUGCUCUCCCCAUUUUUCUGUCACACUUCCAUGUCAUUUAUCAUAUGUCAAAACAUAUUUAUUUUUAUUGGUUUAAUGUGAGUUUCUCCUACUAUACCAUAAACUUUCCAGGAAUGGGACCAUAAUAAUUUUAUUUAUCACUGUUUCCCUAGCACC